CCGCCUCGCACGCCGCGUAACGACAUCGAAUCGUCACUGAAUCGUCGCAUGCGCACGCGAUAGCCCCCCACCGCGCACACGUGCUAACCGUGCCCGAUGACACAUUAAGAUGCAAGAACAAAACACGUCGAGAAACAAAACAUUGAACUCAUUGGAAAGUGCCAUCAUCAAGUUGAAGAAUAACCUCCAAAUCCAGGACUCGAAAUCCACAGACAUGAACAGCCUGCUCGCCAUCAGUGCUCCGGCCCAGGAGGAUAAAACUAGUACAAGUAAGGGACCCAUUUCUCCAUCGACUGCUAAUUUAAAUAUAUCGAUAACGUCAGCUGCUCUCCUUCAAGAGAAUAUGCUGCAAAGAUCGUUGCAAGGUGUGGUUAUAUCGUUGCAAAACGCCAUGAUGAAUUCCUUGCAACAAGCUGCCCUUUUGCCCUCGAACUCCGCAGCAGCUGCCGCCUUAAAUCUGCAGGCACUAGAAUCUUAUUUGACUCUCCAACGCCUAACGUCGGUUUCCUCCGUAAACAGCCCGGCAUCUACUAGUGUAAUAGAAAGCAAUAGCACAUCCUCGAAGCAAGAUAUUUUGAGAUUAGCCACUGCCAGUGCGAAGAUUAGUGAAACUGACGUAGCAGAAACUACCUCGAAAGUAAUGUCACCUAAAACACCAGAAGAAUAUCCUCUACCUGAUGCUCUAGCGGCCGAAGACGUCGAUUUAUCAGAGGAAGUAGAGGAGGAUCUGGCAUUACUCGAUAACGAUGACGAAUUUAAUCUAGACGAUCACUUGGAACCAUCAUCGAAAAGUUAUAGCUACAAUUCAUCACAAAAUUUAGACAACGGAUACCCGAGCCUGCUCCUAAACGCUAUGUAUCAGCAGCAAAUGAAUGGAAGUCCGGCUCAGCCUCUAUCACCACAGCCUUCAAACUCAUCAAGUUCCAAAUCAACGAACAGUUCCACUUCAUCGACUAGUAGUAGUAUAUCGAGUAAGCAGAAAACUACAGGAAGCGGGGCUCGAACCAAGAAGCAAUUUAUUUGUAAAUUUUGCAAUAGACAAUUCACUAAAUCUUACAAUCUCCUGAUCCACGAGAGGACGCACACGGACGAGCGGCCAUACUCUUGCGACAUCUGCGGGAAGGCCUUCCGACGGCAAGACCAUCUCCGAGAUCACAGAUACAUACAUUCAAAGGAAAAGCCGUUCAAGUGUAUGGAGUGCGGCAAAGGUUUCUGUCAGUCCAGAACACUCGCUGUCCACAAAAUUCUCCACAUGGAGGAGUCGCCCCACAAAUGUCCAGUCUGCAGCCGAAGUUUCAACCAGCGAUCCAAUCUGAAGACCCACCUUCUCACCCACACGGACAUCAAACCUUACAACUGCUCCUCGUGUGGGAAAGUGUUUAGGAGAAACUGCGAUUUGAGACGACACAGCCUAACGCACAAUCUUGUAGGCAUGUCUACUUCUCCCUCCGGUUCGAAUGGUAAAAGCCCAAUCCUCAACCCCAAUUUUCCAAUAGAUAGCUUGGAUACGGAAGAUGAAAAUUAGUAAGACUGAGUACUGCACCUCACGCCCAAGCGGAUUGAAAAUCGAAACAUCUCGAUUUCAGUUUUUUAAUACUCUUAACACUUAUAUUAAUCUGUGCUCGAUCGUACCGCUUGCCUCAAAUUGUAGCUUUAAAUCCGGGGUUUUAGCUGAAAUGCUUUAUUUUAUUUUAGUGUCGAAGUUCUAAAAAAACAAAGCGAUUUGAUAAGAAAUAUCGCAAAUUACGAGUCACUUAAAAGAUGCCUUAUGUCAAAUCCGCAACAAUUUCGAAAUUGA